GAAACGGUUUACUUUCACUUUGGUGAAUGUACGAAACCGAAACUAAUGUUAUGAAACGUUUCAUUGUGUAAUGUUAUGGAGUGAACCAGUGGGGUAAACACGUGUUUCGUCUAAAUCUCUUUUUGUUUUUUGUUUUUUUUUUGGGGGGGGGGGCUCGUAGGACAGCCCUGUUUACAUGUUGGAAUGUUAUUUUAAUGCAAACAAGGAUUCGUCGAUGCGAAUGUGUUUUGGCAGGAAACAUGAGCGGUCAACAUCGCUCCGCUCCGGCCAAAGAUAACGGCAUUACUCCAAUUCAACAGAUGGCGGCGUCCUGCUCAGGAGCGUUGCUCACUUCUCUGUUUGUGACACCCUUAGAUGUUGUGAAGAUCAGACUUCAAGCACAGAAAAAUCCUUUCCCUAAAGGAAAAUGCUUUGUCUACUGCAACGGCCUUAUGGACCAUAUUUGUGUGUGUAUGAAUGGCAACAAGGCUUGGUAUAAAGCGCCUGGACACUUCAAUGGCACAGCGGACGCGUUCGUCAACAUUGUACGUAAUGAAGGAGUCAGGUCCUUAUGGAGCGGUCUCCCUCCAACCCUUGUGAUGGCCGUGCCAGCAACUGUCAUCUACUUCACAAGUUAUGACCAGCUUCGUGCACGACUAAGGGUAACAAUGGGCGAACACGAGCAGUUCGCCCCUAUGGUGUCGGGAGCUGUUGCUAGAGUGGGCGCGGCCUCGGUGAUCAGCCCAAUUGAGCUUCUGCGCACCAAGCUGCAGUCCGAGAAACUGUCGUACAGGCAGCUGAGAACCUGCGUGCGCACGGCUGUGGAGGUGGAUGGCUGGGUGUCGCUGUGGCGAGGUCUGGGACCCACGUUACUCCGGGAUGUGCCCUUCUCUGCAAUGUACUGGUACAACUACGAAAGAGGCAAGAUGUGGCUGUGCCAACGCUACGGCACCAGAGAGCCCACCUUUGCCAUGACCUUCGUGUCCGGCGCCACAUCUGGCACAAUUGCAUCCAUCAUAACGUUGCCAUUUGAUGUGGUCAAAACAAGAAGGCAGGUGGAACUUGGGGAGCUGCAAGCGAUGAAUUUAUCACACAAGGCAUCCUCCACUGUUAGUGUAAUGAAGAAGAUCGUGACACAGCACGGCAUCAAAGGCUUGUUUGCAGGUUUCCUCCCUCGGGUGAGCAAAGUGGCGCCGGCCUGCGCCAUCAUGAUCAGCUCCUAUGAGUUGGGAAAGAAGUUUUUUCGCAAGCACAACCAGGAUCGAGUACUUUGACCUCUGCACACCAGAAACACCUGAAAAAUUACGAGUCGGCACCCUCCAACACUAGGCUUAAAAAAGCAGAGCUGAGAGAUGAUUAAAAGUACAUUAUUAUAGUUAUUAUAAAUUAAUAUUCCAUGAUGACAUGCGGCGGCACGGUGGACGACUGGUUAGAACGUCAGCCUCACAGUUCUGAGGACCCGGGUUCAAUCCCCGGCCCCCCUUGUGUGGAGUUUGCAUGUUCUCCCCGUGCCUGCGUGGGUUUUCUCCGGGCACUCCGGUUUCCUCCCACAUCCCAAAAACAUGCAUUAAUUGGAGACUCUAAAUUGCCCGUAGGCAUGACUGUGAGUGUGAAUGGUUGUUUGUUUCAAUGUGCCCUGCGAUUGGCUGGCAACCAGUUCAGGGUGUACCCCGCCUCCUGCCCGAUGACAGCUGGGAUAGGCUCCAGCACGCCCGCGACCCUAGUGAGGAGAAGCGGCUCAGAAAAUGGAUGGAUGAUGACAUGCUCCUGUUUGUACAAUUUGAAAUACAAUGAGGGGACGAAUUCCUGCCAUGAACAGCUAAAAUCUGUGAAUAAUUGACACCCCUCCAUAAAACAGGGUUGUAAUUACGUAUAGAUGCCACAAAAUGGCAGCAAAGCACUUAAAACCGAGGAUCAUAAAGCAUCAACAUGCUUCUAGCAUAUCUACAAUCAUAAACCAAUGAUCCAUAAAUGACUGCAUUCAGUAGUUGAAUGACACAAAAACACCACGAGGCUCAUCAAUAGUAUUAGCUAUUAUACUAGCCUAAAUAACAUGCUAGCACAAACAACUUCAACACAGAUGUGUUUAUGUUCACUAGGCGUAGGAAGAAAUUAAAAAAAUAACUUUUUAGGUCCUACCCCUAAUUCUCAGUCCAGAUUUGACUUAAUAAUAAUAAAAUAGGAAGCUAUUCAUAUACAUUAUACUCUAGGUGUAUAUAUAAAAAGUCUAGGUGUAUAUAUAAAAAGUCAGGUACAAACUGACUUUACAUUACAUAUUCGUAAACAAAUAUGCACAAACUUUACACAAACGUUAGUAAAUCAUUAAACUCACCGCGUGGCAUUUACGUACAGUAAUAAAUGUUAGGGAAUAUAGGCAAAUUGUAACACUAAAGUAGAUUACAUGGGCUAUUAGUAGCUGUGCGAGAGAAGCAGAACAGGAUUUCAGUUUCACUUUUUACUGUGCCCGUGGGUACAUUCAAGGACCACUAACAAACUACCACAUCUCAAAAGCAGAUGAAAAAACUUCCAAUGUAAUAAUCCUAACAGCAAAACCACUCCACAAGAUGGCUCCAAAGUAACACUUUAUUGUUGUAGCCUGAGCACCAAAACAAAACAGCAAAUAGAUAAAUUUUUGUGCAAAGAGCAGGAUAGGUUCCAAAAGAAUUAUGUGAAUGUUGAAGUGCCAAUAUGCUGUGGUUCACUAUAUGUUAAAAUCCAUUUAUGAGUACUUAUAUUUUCUUAAAACAUUUGACUUAUGCCAUAAAACUGUGUUUGUGUGUCUGUGUGCAGGCGCGCAAAUGUAUGUUUUCACAAAUUUAAAGCGAAGAGUACAGUUGACUUCAGUUGUAUCACAGUCACCACAAGGCAAAGUAAAUUACUGCAUUGGAAUCGAAAUAAUUAAAGGGAAAACAUCUGAUUAAACUGAG